UUCAUAAUCAUCCGGGUCAUCCGGGUUGACUUCCGGUCAUUGACAGCAAGGAUGGCGACUCACAUGUCGAGGUGCAGAAGCUGGAGUCGAGUUCAAAGGUUUGGAAUCGCAGCCUACAGGAAGUACAGCAGCGGCAGCGGCUACCCGAACAUUUCCCUCUCCACACCUCUAACGGGGAUCCCCAAACCCGUGUUUGCAUCCGUGGAUGGUCAGGAAAAAUACGAGACCAAGAUCACCACGUUAGAAAACGGCCUUAAAGUCGCCUCCCAGAAUAAGUUUGGUCAAUUCUGUACAGUUGGAAUUUUAGUGAAUUCUGGAUCCAGACAUGAAGCAAAGUAUCCCAGUGGAAUCGCUCACUUCUUAGAAAAACUUGCCUUUUCUUCCACAGCACAGUAUGGAAGCAAAGAUGAAAUCCUCCUCACGCUGGAGAAACACGGAGGGAUUUGUGACUGCCAAACAUCAAGAGACACCACCAUGUACGCAGUAUCCGCUGAGGUCAAAGGUUUGGACACCGUGGUCAGCCUCCUGUCCGACGCCGUCCUGCAGCCACGCCUCCUCGACGAAGAAAUCGAGAUGACUCGGAUGGCCGUGCGCUUCGAGCUGGAAGAUCUGAACAUGAGACCGGACCCGGAGCCGUUACUCACCGAGAUGAUCCACGCCGCUGCUUACCGAGGAAACACGGUGGGACUCCCUCGCUUUUGUCCUGCAGAGAACGUGGACAAGAUCGACCGCAAAGUUCUGCACAAAUACCUGCGCAGCUACUACUGCCCCGAGCGCAUGGUGCUGGCGGGCGUGGGCAUCGAGCACGAGCAGCUGGUGGAGUGCGCCCGCCGGUACCUGCUGGGGGCCAAGCCCGUGUGGGGGGAGGGGUCUGCGGCCGACGUGGACCUGUCUGUAGCUCAGUACACGGGCGGCAUCGUCAAGACGGAGAAGGACAUGUCGGACGUGAGCCUCGGCCCCACCCCCAUCCCGGAGCUCACCCACAUCAUGAUCGGCUUGGAGAGCUGCUCCUUCCUGGAGGACGACUUCAUCCCGUUCGCUGUGCUGAACAUGAUGAUGGGAGGCGGGGGCUCCUUCUCUGCAGGGGGGCCUGGAAAAGGCAUGUUUACCCGCCUGUACCUGAAUGUGCUCAACAGGCAUCACUGGAUGUACAACGCCACCUCGUACCACCACAGCUACGAGGACAGCGGCCUGCUCUGCAUCCAUGCUAGCUCUGACCCCAGACAGGUGCGGGAAAUGGUGGAAAUAAUCACCAGGGAAUUCAUUCAAAUGGGUGGGAGUGCAGGAGAGAUGGAGCUAGAGAGAGCCAAGACUCAGCUCAAGUCCAUGCUGAUGAUGAACCUGGAGUCACGGCCGGUUAUUUUUGAGGAUGUUGGUCGACAGGUUCUGUCCACGGGGAACAGGAAGCUCCCUCACGAGCUCUGCCAGCUGAUCAGUAAAGUGACGGCCAGCGACAUCAAGAGGGUGACCACCAAGAUGCUGCGCAGCAAACCGGCCGUGGCGGCGCUGGGCGACCUGACGGAGCUGCCGUCCUACGAGCACAUUCAGGCCGCGCUGUCCAGCAAAGACGGGCGGCUGCCGCGCAUGUACCGCCUCUUCCGGUAAACCAAAACGGCGGGCGGCGGAUGGACCGGACUUUUACACUAGUGGCCCCUCCCACCUCUGAACUCGGCACAGAUGAGUCUGGGAGGGGCGGGGCAAAAACACCAGGGGGGGUUAAAGCUUCAGAUUCUGCUCCACAGUAAUCAGCCGAUCAUCUUCUGGAUCUGCGCUCCAGUUUGGUUUUGAAGAAACGCUUUGACCCCGAAACAUCUUCCUCUCCCCUUCAAAAUAAAAGUGAAUGUUUUAAUGUGUGAGUCCACACAGGAAGUGUGAGAUAAAUUCAUGUUUACUGUUCCCUCAGGUUUGCUUUCAAAGCAAAGGAGAAUUUUCUGCAAAAGGAAUCAUGAAAAGUUUGAA